GACGUGGUGUGGGUAAUCACCGCUCACUGCAAGAAACCUAUAACACAUCAAGUAGGUCAACAAUGGGGUGUUUUUAGCUGUCGCGCUCUCAUGUCCGAGUGGCAUGCUCAAGCCAUGUUGUUCCGACUCAAACUAUCUCCUCUGCACCCCGACUCUAAAAGCUGUGACUCAAUUCCUGUUGUCUGAUACCACAUUGCUGCAGAUUGCUACCUGCUAUCAUACAACCUUGAUCCUCAGUAUUCGAGUCCUUCCCAACCCUCGAAGCACCCUAUAACGCUACAAGACAUCUCCAUCAUGUCUACAUCAACAAGAAACCGAGCCUGCGGACCAAGCGUCGUCGUUGCCUGGGCAGACGACGAAGAGGCAUCCGUUGCUCAAGACACAACCAGUCCUGUUUGGUCCAGGGAAACCAGAGGCAUCAAGUUCCACACCCCAACAAACCCCCCCUACGAAGAAGCUGUGUUCGACAAGGCCCUCGGCAAACACUUUGAUUCCUCCCUCCUCACGAAAGACCUCGAUCCUCAAAAAGAUGCCUUGAUCGUGGCCAAGUUCAAUCUCAUCCGACUAAAGUUCAACAUGGCCAUCCGCGAAGUCGGCGUUGGUGGCAUGAGUUUCCACGACAAAUGCAACAUGACAGAUAUACAGCGCAUCUAUUGUCACGGGAAACCCGACUCUCAGCCAUACAUUCGUGUGGUCCUUGGAAAAAGGAAAGACUGGAUGAAUGUAGCGGGAGUUCUCAAUGGCCUGCGACUCCAACACCUGAAGGUGCCCAUCCGAUACCAUUUGACGUUUGGAGCUCAACAACAACAAGAGAAACCAAAGGCAGUGUUUUCCUAGAGCUGUCUUGGUCAGGGACCAUCGCAAAUGUAUUUCAGUCGAACACAUCACAGAUCACAGAGUAGAGGGUGGGCAAAAGUAAAGUAAGAUGCAACAGUAGUGUUUUUGGCUUUUUCUAUGAAUACUCAGUAGCUGAGGAACCAAAAAACCGAGUGACCGGAGGCGUGACAAAAAGAGAGGACGACAGGUAGAAGCUACCAAUGAGACAAAAAAAAAGUCCGCACU